AUGAGCAAAAGGGCUUUUUACCUUACCACCCCAAUAUUUUAUCCAAAUGAUAAAUUACAUUUAGGACAUGCCUAUUGCCUGACUAUUGCUGAUAUUAUUGUUCGCUACAAAAAAAUCCAAGGUUACCAAGUUCAUUUGCAAACCGGCAGUGACGACCACGGAGAAAAAAUUGAAAAAAAAGCUCUCUCUUUGGGUAUCAGCCCCCAAGAGUUAGUUGACAAAAAUGUUUUUCUUUUUCAACAAUUAUGGAAAGAAUUAGGAAUUUCCGAACACAUUUUCUACCGCACCUCCUCUCCUUUUCAUAAAGAAAAAGUUCAAAAAACCUUUACUAAAUUAUUAGAAAAAGGUGAUAUUUAUUUAGGCGAAUAUCAAGGAAAAUAUUGCGUUGCUUGUGAGGAUUAUGUUAGUGAAAGCAAAAUUAUUAGCAACAAUCUUUGUCCCAAUUCUGAUUGCCAAACUGAAUUACGAAAAAUCAAUGAACCAGCUUAUUUUUUGAAAGUCAGCAAAUAUUAUUCUCGUUUAAAAGAACACUACCGGCAAAAUCCGGGUUUUCUUUUACCUGGCAAAGCCAAAAAGGAACUUUUUAGCAAUUUCUUAAAUGAGAAUGUUCCUGAUUUAUGUAUUACCCGUAGCGAUAUUAAGUGCGGAAUUUCGGUUCCCAAUAAGGAAAAAAUGAACAAAAAUAAUGAUUAUCUUUUGGUUUAUAAUAAAAAAUAUAACAAAUGGCAAUUUCCCGGUGGCAAAUUAGAGAAAGGAGAAAGUGCUGAGGAAGCUGCUAAAAGAGAAGUAUUUGAAGAAACCAGCUUAGUAAUCGAGGAUUUAGAAAAAAUUGGGGAAGAAAAUUUUUACGCUAACAAUAUUUGGUGA